GGGAUUACAGGCGUGAGCCACUGCACCCGGCCAAAAAAUUUUAAUCUCAUACAUGAAAGCUAGUCUGCUUAGUAUCUUACAAAGCAGUGAGAGAAAAAGAUGUGCUACUGAGUAAUAAAAUGAUCAAAGGCAAAGAGUACCUACAGUCUUUUAUUUAUAUAAAGUCAAAGAACAAGCAAAAUUAAGUCAAAAAUUGACUGCCAUGAGGCAAGGCAGUUGAUUGGAAGAGAGCAUGAGUAAACUUUCUGGAGUGAGAAAUGUUCUGUAUCUUGGGGUGGUUAUAGAGGCGUACACAAUUAUCAGAGCUUGUUAAUCUGAACACUUAAGAUCUCUGCAUUUUGUUGAGUGCUAAUUAUACUUCAAUUUAAAAAUUGGUAAAAGUACUCCAGGACAUCAACAAAUUUAAAUUUGGGAGUACACACAGUGGCUCAUGGCUAUAAUCCCAAUACUUUGGGAGGUUGAGGCAGGAGGGUCCCUUGAUCCCAGGAGUUUGAGACCGGGUCUGGGCAACAUAGUGAGACACCUGUCUCUGCAAUAAAUUUUUAAAAUUUUAAGAAAUUUGCUGGGCAUGAUGGCACACACCUGUAGUACCGGCUGUUAGGGAGACUGAGGCAAGAAGAUGACUUGAGCCCAGGAGGUCAAGAUUACAGUGAGCUGUGAUCUAUCUCGCCACUGCACUCCAGCCUGGGUGACAGAAUGAGACCCUGUCUCCAAAAAAAAGACGAGGAAAUGAAAAUGUCUGAUGAAUUUUCGUUGGCAGAUGCACUACCUGAACACUCCCCUGCCAAAACCUCUGCUGUGAGCAAUACAAAACCUGGCCAACCUCCUCAAGGCUGGCCAGGCUCCAACCCUUGGAAUAAUCCGAGUGCUCCAUCUUCAGUGCCAUCUGGACUCCCACCAAGUGCAACACCCUCCACUGUGCCUUUUGGACCAGCACCAACAGGAAUGUAUCCCUCCGUGCCUCCCACCGGACCACCUCCAGGACCCCCAGCACCCUUUCCUCCUUCCGGACCAUCAUGUCCCCCACCUGGUGGUCCUUAUCCAGCCCCAACUGUGCCAGGCCCUGGCCCCACAGGGCCAUAUCCUACACCAAAUAUGCCCUUUCCAGAGCUACCCAGACCAUAUGGUGCACCCACAGAUCCAGCUGCAGCUGGUCCUUUAGGUCCAUGGGGAUCCAUGUCUUCUGGACCUUGGGCGCCAGGAAUGGGAGGGCAGUAUCCUACCCCUAAUAUGCCAUAUCCAUCUCCAGGCCCAUAUCCCGCUCCUCCUCCUCCCCAAGCCCCUGGGGCAGCACCACCUGUUCCAUGGGGCACCGUUCCACCAGGAGCCUGGGGACCACCAGCACCAUAUCCUGCCCCUACAGGAUCGUAUCCCACACCAGGACUCUAUCCUACUCCCAGUAAUCCUUUCCAAGUGCCUUCAGGACCUUCUGGUGCUCCACCAAUGCCUGGUGGCCCCCAUUCUUACCAUUAAGUUAACAAUGGACGAAGAGAUGACGCUUUGCUUUUUGAAGUACAUGUAUAUGCACAUGAAUGCAUAUAUAAAAAUUGCUGGUUUCACUAUUAGAGGGCAUUCAUGAAAGAACAACUCUUGCACCUCUCAGAGAAGAUAACUGCCUCUUGUACUUGGAUGCGUAGUACAUCAUAUGUAUACAAUCAGAUAAAAGCAUAGAAGUAAAUCAUUCAGAUGUGAUUUUUAUUUGGUUUUCAUGGAAAGUUAAAGUGAUAAAGUAUAUUGAAUAGCUCUUUGACAGAAUUUGUUUAAACUAUGAAACUACACACUUAAAAAUCUAAGAUGUGGAUUAUUGUUAGAAUCUGCAACUUCAUUGGCAAAUUAUUUCAAGUAUUUUUCUAUAAUCACUUUCCCCUUCUAAAUAAAUAAACUUCGAGAAUAACCCAUCAUAAUCCAAACAAAUGAUGCCUCAACAUUUUGAGCUGCUCUGUCGGACAAAUAAACCUGGUCCUCUUGAGGUUGUAUUUUGGAUAUACAUUUUUAAACUGUCAGUAAUUAUUGUCAGAUGUGGAGUUCAAUAGCCAGCCAGUGUUCAUUUUUAUCCUUGAGCUUUUAGUAAAAACUUCCUGGUUUUAUUUUUAGUCAUUGGGUCAUACAGCACUAAAGUCUGCUAUUUAUGGAAACUAACUUUUUUGUUUUUAAUCCAGGCCAACAUGUAUGUAAAUUAAAUUUUUAGAUAAUUGUUUAUCUCUUUGUACUACUUGAGAUUUGAUUAUGAGAUGUGCAUAUUGCUUUGGGAAGAGCUCGAGGAAGGAAAUAAUUCUCUCCUUUGUUUUGAACCUCAAACUAGAUAAACCCUAGGAAUUGCUUAAUUGCAACAAGUAAUUUUCAUUCCCACAAAAACCUGAGGCAGCUCUUUUGCCCAGAGCGUUCCCUGUAGCCACCCCCACCCCACUUGCCCUUGGUUCUUUAGAAGGAGCACACACAUCCCUUGAUUCCUCCCUGAUGUGAUAAACUGGCACACUCCAGGGGUCUAAAACAUAAAACAGUUGUGUUUAGGGAACCUUAAGUCAUGCAGACAUGACUGUUCUCUUUGUACAAGUGUGAAUCAAAAUAUGUAUCUCUUUUUCAGAGUCUGGUUAAGCUAUGUCAUUGUCUACUGCAUAGUUUCCUGAGUCUGUUUGUAAAGUGCUUAUGGCUAACAGUUCAGUUCUGUAUUUGUUGACAGGUAAAUAAGUGGAGUUGAGUGCCAUCUUUGAAAAAAUUACCCUCUAGCUCUAACACUGAAAAUAAUAAUAAAUUGUAGAUCUCUGCAACUAAGUUUAAAGCAGUGUGACUGUGUUGCUUAAAUAUCAAGUAUUGUUUAUAACCACCAAAAAAAAAGCCCUGGUAGUUUUUUGGCACCUUAUGUUUAAAUCAGAUUCUUAGAUUUGGAGUAGACCUGACCUUGUUAUUUAUUAGAUAGCAUUUUGAAUGUAUCCAUUGGAUUUCUAAAAUGUAUUGUGAAUUUCUCAGACAAACAGGAUUUAUGCUGGAGCUCUGUUUUGCUUAGAAAUAAAAUAUUUAGUAGUUUAUUUCUGCUCUAAUUAAAAUGUCAAGAAUGCCAAA